CUGGUCAAGCUAAGCUGUUUUUAAUUUCUGCCUCACAGUUGCGGGUGCUUAUCUGCUUGGACUAAAUCUUCACGAAUGGUUUGUUUCGGUACGUUGUGGUCGUACAGGCAAUGUCGUUUGGUUGGGAACUUCAAUAGCCCAUGGUCGUGCGUAGUAUUCGGUGCCCUGCGUGUACAAGCGAAGUUCCAUCGCGUGCCAAUGUUUUACCAAUCGUACCGAACUUUUCAGCUAACGUUAAUCCGUGCGAUUGUGCCAGCAACAUCGAAUACAGGACGAUUUCUAAGUACGGUUCCUCGUCGUAUAGGCGAAAAUAGUGGCCAGUUGAAUGUGAUUCCGAACUACAAGGAAGAUCGAACCAUUACGGGUUACAAAGGAACAAGGAAUUUCAGCAAAAUGUUACCAUCAAAUGAAAAGCAAAUGGAAGUAAAAAAACCUCUUUAUGGUAUCGCACCAGUUAGUUUUACCAAAAACAUGACAUUUUACAGUAACCAUAGAAAGGACUUUGGGCGAGACAGUGAAUCUUUAAGGCUUCAUUCGCCAAUCGAUAGACCUUUGGUUUUCAUAUUUGCAUGGCUUCAAGCAUCCGAGAAGCACUUGAAUAAAUAUGCCGAAUUUUACCACGAGCAAGGGUACGAGGUGCUUAGUGUCCAGAUAUCUCCUUGGCAGCUAGCGUGGCCAGUGUACGGAUCGCAAAAGGUUGCCAGCGAUAUAGUAAAGUUCCUGGCGAACAACGAAUUCCCCGGGGGUAUUGUAUUGCACGGAUUUUCCGUCGGUGGCUACCUGUGGGGCGAGUGUUUGGUGAAACUAAAUGCCCACCCCGAAGGCAAGCAGAUACUUGCAAAAGUCGAUGGUCAAAUAUGGGACAGCCUGGCAGAUAUUACGGAAAUUCCAGUCGGUGUCCCACAUGCAGUGCUUCCCCACCAUCCAACCCUACAGGGAUUCCUUCGCAACUACAUGACGUAUCAUCUUAAGCUGUUCCAUGAAGAAGCUACACAGUACUAUGUCAAAUGUACCCAUCUCUUCCACCACGAACCGGCACGUUGCCCAGCGUUACUCCUGGUAUCCAAGACAGACCCAGUGGGCACGGAAAAGGCCAACUUGCGCCUUCGUGGGAUCUGGGAUUCGCUCGGCAUGAAGACAUCGAUGAAGUGUUGGGAUAAAUCGCCACACGUAGGACAUUUCCACAAACAUCGUGACGAGUACAUCGAAUUACUGCUUACCCACCUCAGGUCGCUCGAUUUGCCGAAUCGUAAAGCUAAGCUGUAAUGACCCGACGACAAGCAAAAGCAGUAGUAUCGGUCGAGUAGAUCGUCCGACCAAACGUGAUAAGAUUUCGUCCCGGUUUCGGUUGCCUUUAGUCUAUUUGUGUUACCAUGCAUGAUAAAAAAUAGCACAUUAAAAAUACCCUGCUCCCUAACAUUGGCUAUUGGAGUAAAACUCAAAAUUAUCUAACUCAGGUAAGCAUGUUUUAAUGCAGUACAAAUGGAAAAAUAAAAAGCACACAAAAAUGAAUGUUGUUGCGUAUGUUUGUGUGCGAACUCAAUAGGCCAUAUCUUUGAUUGAUGUCGAGUGGAAGACAAUUUAAAUCAAAUUAUUUGAUGCCAUGUGUAAGAAGAUUGCCAAGCAAGCAAACAUCACUUCUAGACGGCAUCGGGAAGGAUGAUGGUAAGUGGAUAG